AUGGACACCAGGGGAAAGGUGGUGAAGAGGAAGACUUGCGGUGGUGCUGUCCUUUCUACCGCCUUGGGUGUCUGUGCCGAACUUCUGCCAGCACUGUUGGGACACAGCGCCUGGAGGUUCGCAACAUCUGCAGUCCCUAGAAGCCACUACGAGGAGGGCCCACGGCCAGAUUUGCCAUUUUUGGUGGAAAACAAGUGGCAGUUACUAAUUAUGAUGGCUGUAUACUUUGGAUCUGGAUUUGCUGCACCUUUUUUUAUAGUAAGACAGCAACUGCUUACAAAAUAA